AUGUAUCGAAUUCAAGCCGAGAAUUCUUUACUCACAGCACAAGUUGAAGGCUUACAAAGCAAUGUUAUGAAUCUCCAAAAGCGCCAGAAAAAGUCAAACCUAUUAUUGUUAGAUUUACCUACAGAAGAAGAAGGUGGUGCUGUCAUUUUUAGCCCUUCUAAGGAAGCCCGAGAGUUAGAAAAGACUGAAAAAGCUCAAAUCCGGAAAAAAGAGCGAGAACAACGCCAACGAGAAGCUGCAGAAAAAGAGCGCCAAAAAGAGGAGCAAAAAUUUGCUAAGUUAGCUGAUUUACAGCUUCAAAUAGAUAUUCUCACUACUCUCAUGCUCCGUACGAGUCGAACGGACCCGAAUUCAAAGAAAUCGAAGGCCAAACGUAGUGGUGAGGUCGAAGAGGAGGUUGUUGAUGAGGUUAUCACUACAAAUCGUAGAGGUCGCCAGAUUCGACUUGCCCACCGCUGUCGCUAA